AUGCACCUGAUCAACAGCGAGCCCGUGGACGAGCUCAGCCGCCCCAGCGUGCGGCGGGAGAAAUGGAUGGCCUCGGGCGGGUCUACGCUGGUCGGCGCGCACUACUUCCUGGCGCGCAUCCAGGGCCAUGCCCACUGGGCCCACCCGCCUGCCCGGGCAAGGGCGCCCUUCCUGAGGGGAGGAGACGUCAUGCUGGGGGAGCGCUGGGACAAGGACCUCAAGCGUGUCAUCGCCGAGGCCCAGAAGGAGGAGAAGCUCAACUCCCAGGCGGCCCAGGGGCGCUGGAAGGGCUGGAUCGACCAGGCCUUUGCAGGGGGAGCGGGUUCAGCGCGCGCCAUCUCCAAGGUCCCUGCGCUCCAGGAGGUGGUCCAGGCCAGCGACGGGCAUGACCACGACGCGCUGGUGGAGCGCGAGCUGCGACCCUGGGAGGACAUCUGGAACUUCCACGGCCUCACGCAAAUCGCCCUACCUGCUGACGCUCGCGACUGGGAUCCGCUCCCGCCGCUCGCUCACCACGCAGUGCGGGGCGUGAUUCGUUCGUUUCCGUGGAGCACGGGGGCUGGGCAAUCGGGCAUCCCGAUAAGGGCGCUGGAGGACAUCUCGGACGAGGCAGUCGAUGCGAUGAUCGCGGUCUUCCACAAGUGCGAGGAGCUGCUGCAGUGGCCUAGCAGCCGCCUUCUCAACAUCAUGGAAAGCUCGGACUCGGCGCGCGACCUCAACCUGGCCAAGGAGCAGGCGCAGCUGGCAAGUUGGGACUCGGCGGCGGCGGCCCUGGACCUCUGGAAGGCCUACGAGAUGGUGGCGCCCGAGGCCCAGCUGCAGGAGGCUCGCGCCUUGCAGUUCCCGCUGCGCCCCGCCCCCGCCCCGCGCGCUGGCAGCAUUCAACGCGAUGGGAACAUUGCAGGCCGCGGGCACGCCAACUCGCUCCUGCUGGUGCUCACGCUGCGCGCGCUGCAGCGGGCUAACGCCAUUGCGCCUUCAGUGCAGCCGCGCGGCGCAGUGGAUGACGUCACCCUGGCGUGGACGGGGCCGCGCGCGGGCCACAGCGAUGACCUGUCCAAGGCUCUGCCCGGCUUCGCCGCCAGCAUUGCGGACCUCAAGCUGGUCAUGCAGCCGCUGAAGUCAGGAUUCCCGGCGUCUUCGAGGCGGAGGGCCAAGCCGUUGGGGCCCGCGACGCAGCGUCAGGGGCUCAAAGAGAAGACGUGGGUCAGCAACCUGGGGCACGAGCUCUACGGGCGCAGGGUGCUCCGCACGCAGGAGGGCGGGGCGGGGAGGCGCGCGACCGCCCUGGUGGCCACAGGCCUAUCUCCCUCGGCGGGGCAUGGCGCAGGGGUGUCGGGCUUGGCGGACAGACCGCCAGCCCAGCUGCGCACCCUGGCGGCCGAGAGGGCUGGGGCCAAGGCUGGGUGCGGUACGGCCGCCGUCAUGCUGCUGCAGAAGCGCGUCGACUACGACCCUAUAUACAUGGCCACUGCCCCCCUGGCGAUGCGCCUGGCGAGCCGCAUCUGGGACGGCAACUGCUCGCUUGCGGCCCUCUCAGCUAGCUGGGGCCGAUUGGCGGCCGUGGCCAGAGCGGGCAGCCUCACCUUGGCGAUAGCGCACUGUCCCCUAGCGGCGACUUGGCUCCCCCUCGAGCGCAUCGGCUGGAGCAUGCUUUCGGUCUGCGUGCUCAAGGCGGACACGGGCGACGCCCACUCCCUGCUGCACGCGGCCCCGAGGGGCAUCAAGGGCGCGAGCCAGGCACUUUGGUCGGGAGGCCACUAUACCAACGAGUGGAGGCACAUGCAUGGGUUCACGGGCACGGCCGAGUGCCAGGCGCGCGGCGAGCAGCGCGACACGCUGAUGCAUCGCCGGUGCGUCUGCCCAGAGGUCAUGGCGCCGCGCGACGAGGCGAUCCGCAAGCAGAUGCGCCAGGCGGAGCAGCUCUGGACGGUAGGCGACAGCUACCUGCCCCUGGCGCACGGCCUGCCGUUGAUGCCUGCGCUGCCGCCUGCUGCGACAUCCGAUCGCUCCGUCAUCGGCUGGGGCGCGGUGCAUACCCCCUGGCCGUCGGUGGUGCACACGGACGGCUCGGGCCGCGCCUCCAAGGCCCCCGAGGCUCGCAGGUGCGGUUGGGCAGUGGUGGCCCUCAAGUCCGACGGCUUCCCGCUCAAGGCGGCCUACGGCCCACUUCCAAGGGCGCGCCCAACCGCGGGGCGGGCAGAGCGCUUCGCCUGCCAGGCGCCCCUGGGACAGCCUGGCAAUGUCAGCCUCAUCGUCAGCGACCUGCAGCACGCGGGCAUCUGGAGGCAGGUGCGGGCGGCGGCGGAUGCGCGCGGCGAGCCCACGCCGCGGCCCAGGCGGGCCCCUGCCCGCCGCUCGCUGGAGCAGGCGCUCGAGGAGGGCAUCAGGCUGCUGGGCUGGCUCGGGAACUGCUGGGCGGAUUUCUUCGCCAACUUGGGCGCGGCCGAGGUGAAGCUCCCCGACAGCGCGGCGGAGAUCAUCCACGCGGAGCUCCAGCGCGCGCUCGACGCGGCCAACUACGCGGGCUGGGCGGCGGCCAAGAUCUGCCAGCUGGACCUGUGGAGGCCGCUAGACGAAGACGGCCAGCUCAAGCGCCGCGUCGAGCCGGAGCUUUUUCCAGGCAAGCAACUCAGCCUGACGCGCCACGAGCACCAGACGACGGGAGUCUCGGGCGCCCAGUGCAUCCACUGCGGGAGAGGGGCCUGCACCGCCAAGGCUCGGUCCCUGCUCGACUGCAAGCCGCGCCAGCCUACGCGCCUGGGCCAGAUGCGCGCGGUCAAGAGCCAGCAGCUGGCAGGGGCCCAGGCCUUGGCUAGCUCUGAGGCCGUCAACCUGAGCCUGCAGGUGGCAACCCAGAUCGAAGCGGAGGUCGCUGCAGAGGGCGCGGCCCCCCAAGCCCGCUGCGCCGAGGCCAGGCCGUGCGACGACCUGGCGGACAGCAACCCGCAGUCGCGGCCGCCCGCGGACAAGCCCGCGGACAAUGCCACGGUCGCGGAGAAGGUGCAGUACCUACUGAGGGCUGCCACGGGGCGCGCUGCGGCUAGGCCGCAGAUCCCAAGCGGCGGCUCGCACGUCGGCCCCGCGCGCGCCAGUGCCGAGGAGGUGGGCGGCGCCUUUGGCGAGCAGGCCACAGGCAGACCACCAGCGGAGGCCGCGCACUUCCAACUGGGUCAUGAGGUGGAGGACCUCUUCAGCGACAUCUUCGAGGACACGCAGUGCACUCCACCAGCGACAGGCGCGAAGGCAGGCAACGACAAGCACGCUCUCCAGGCGUGGGGGCAGGCGGGGCCGCUGGAGGACGUCCUGGCGCAGCUGGCGUCCUGGCUGCUGGGCGAGCCCAGGUUCAGCGGCUUCAUCAGGCGCAUCAGCGCCGACAGGCUGGGCGCUGAGAAGCAGCGGCGGGCUGGGGAAUUCUGCGAGCGGGGCCGGCAGGGCGGGGCCCCUGUCCGCGAGGCCCGCAGCGACCAGGCCCUCGAGCUCGAGGGCGAGGCUUUCAGGCCCCGUGCCCACCAGUUCCGAGGGUACAUGGCGACGGGGAGGGCGUUCUUCAGCGACCGUGGCAAUGCCCAGCACGCAGGGGCGCGCGACCACCGCCUGCACCCCACCACCUUCGAGCCGCCCUCAUCGGAGGCUGAGGAGGACGACUGGAUCGACCUCGACGACGGCGACCUGGGGCUCAGCGUGGAGGCCAUGAGAGGGCGAGGAGGUGGCGACGAAGGUGCGCCCCCGAGCAGCAGCUCAUCCCGCGAAGUCCACGAGGGCCCGGAGCUGCUGUGCCGCACCCUCAGGAGUUUCGCUGCGAUCUGGGUAUUCGACUUUGCGGUGGCCCGGCGGGCCUGGGCGGAACGGUACGCCCUUGUGUGGCUGCGCCAGACGGGCAACGCCGCCGCCUGUGCGGAGGCCAUCCAGCGGGCGGGGCCGCUCGGUCUGCAGGCCCUGGUCCAGGCGAUGGUCAGGCAGGCGUGGCUUCGCAAGGCGAAAGUGCGGCGGGCCACGUGCAACCACCUGCUCAACCUGCCGUUCACGGACUGGCACCACGUGGCUGCAAUGCUGUGGGCGUCCGUCGACGAGGUGGUCCGCACCAUCGAGGCCCUGGUAGGUGCAGAGGAGGCGGCCGGCCUGCCCGAGCUCCCUGGUUUCGCAGGGCCGAUGCCUGGCGAGGGGCCCCAGGGAACGGCGCCGCGACCCAGGUCGGCAUCCCUGCCGCUGGCCGCAGCGGACCCACCUGCGCUUGGCGUGGCGUUCCCGUGGCUGGCCUGCACACCCUCCCGGGGCAGGAGGACGGGCCCUGACAGCGACGACGACGCCCCUGAUCCUGUCGAAGCGCCCUCAGGCCUCCCACCGCAACCGCCGCCAGGUCGGCCGGGCGAGGAUGGAGACGACGGCAUGGUGGUCUCUGCGGCGGAGGCGGACUCCGACGGCAGCCAGCCGCGGGGGGGCGCGGCGCAGCCCCCGCCUGCUGCCGAGGAGGACGCGAGUGCCCAGGGCGGCUCAGGGCAGCGCUCCCCCGAUGCGGCCGCGGCGAACGCCCAGUCGGGCCUGCCCGUGGCGGCUGCUUGCGCGCUAGCCGCGGCUGCAACGGCUCAGCGUAAGCGGUCGCGCAGCCCGACACGGCGUCUGUCGGCCAAGACGCCACGCGGGGAGAUCGGCCUGCCGAGCCAGGAGCUGGGCCACGGCAUGCGGGAGGCUGGGCCCUACGCCUUCUGCUGCGAGUGCGGGGCCUUCGCCAAGCUGCAGGGUGCGGACCGCGCCAACGGCCUGAAGUUGGCGUGCGGCGGCCGCCUGCCACAGGGCUCGUCGGCAACAGCAGGCGAGAAGAAGAAGAGGCAGUACCUCGCCCGCCUCAUGGACAGGUGGGACCCCCACACGGGGAAACCGCUGGACUGA